AUGUUCGCACUCGUGCUUCUGGGAUGUUUGGCGCUUUCCAGCGCGGCACCUCGUCACUACCACCAUCCUUACCAUCAUCAUGGAUCAUCCUACGAAGCAAGUUUGGAAAGGUACUUGGAAGAAGAAAUGUUCAACACAAGAAGAUUUUGGGAUGAAUUGAGACGGGAAAUGUUGGAACUCGAUACUAUGCUAGCGGAUUUCGGUAGAUAUUAUCCAAGCAGCAUUUCAAGUGAACAAAUCGAAGGUAACGAAUACAUUAUCACAAUAUCUUUGCCUAAUUAUGAGGAGAAAGAAAUCGCUGUGAAGGCAAGGAAAGGGUUGGUAAUGGUUCAAGCUGUGCACCAAGAGGAGGGCGAGCCACAGAGAAAUUAUUUGGACGUCAGGACCUUACCUGACUGUGUCAACGAGGCUGGUAGCUGGUCAUUUGAAAAUGGAGUGCUGAAAAUUGUUUUCCCGAUCGCUAAGAAAGAAAUCGCUGAGGGCGAAGUUCCAACGGAGGCUCCUGUCACAGAAGCACCGCAGCACAGUCGAGAAGAUAUGGAACCUACGUCAAAUGAGAAUGCCAACCGAAAUGCCGAUGUAGAAUCCGAUAGAGGAGACCUUGGCAAGAAUACAGAACUUUUGACUAAUGAAAUACCAAAACACAAUUCUGUUGAAACGACUACUCAUGCUGUUGAUUUGAAAGAUGAAGUCGAACUUGUUCCAGCCCGUUAU